AUGGCGGUGAGCUCACCCCAGUCGAACUACAAGAUCACGCUCCUGCCCGGCGACGGCAUCGGUCCCGAGAUCACGGCGGCGACGGUCAAGGCGCUCAACGCCGCCGGCGCGACCAAGGGCGUGUCCUUCGAGUACGACGAGCAGCUCCUCGGCGGCUGCGCCAUCGACGCCGCCGGCACGCCUUGGCCCGAGGCGACGCUCAAGUCGUGCCAGGCGGCCGACAGCAUCCUCAUGGCGGCGAUCGGCGGUCCCAAGUGGGACGGCAACCCGCGGGAGCUGCGGCCCGAGACGGGCCUGCUGGCCAUGCGCCAGGAGCUGGGCCUCUUCGCGAACCUGCGUCCCGCCAAGGCCAUCCCCCAGCUCCUCGAGGCGUCGUCCCUAAAACCGGAGAUCGUCGAGGGCGUCGACAUCAUGGUCGUCCGCGAGCUCUGCGGCGACGUCUACUUCGGCAAGCCCGCGGGCAUCUUCGUCAACGACGAGGGCCACCGCGUGGGCCAGAACAACAUGAUCUACAGCGAGCCGGAGAUCGAGCGCAUCGCGCGCGUCGCCAUGGACGUCGCGGCGAAGCGCGGCGGCAAGUGCUGCUCCAUCGACAAGGCCAACGUGCUGGAUGUGUCCCAGCUCUGGAAGGAGGUGGUGAUUCGCGUCCACGGCGAGUCGUGGGCGGACACCGUGGAGCUGAGCCACAUGUACGUCGACAACGCGGCCAUGCAGCUCGUGCGCUGGCCGAAGCAGUUCGACACGAUCGUCUGCGGCAACAUCUUCGGCGACAUCCUCAGCGACGAGGCGUCCAUGCUCGUCGGCUCCCUCGGCAUGCUGCCAUCUGCGUCCCUCCCCUCCGAGGGGCCCGGCGUCUUCGAGCCCAUCCACGGCUCCGCGCCGGACAUCGCGGGCACCGACGCCGCGAACCCGCUCGCGAUGAUCCUCUCCGCGGCCAUGAUGUGCACCUACGACCUCGCCCAGCCCGAGCUCGGCCAGCUCCUCGAGGACGCCGUCGAGGCCGUCCUCGACGACGGCCUCCGCACGAAGGACAUCGUCUCCGAGGGCGCGACGGACCAGACGCUCGUCGGGUGCGUGGCCAUGGGCGACGCCGUCGCCGCCAAGGUCGAGGCCCUCGCCAAGGUCCUCGCGUGA